GAGAAGCGUGGAUGAGUGUUUGAUGUGGUCUCCAGCAUGCCUGUGUUCUACACGCCGAUCCCUCAGAACCUGAGAGUGGGUCUGGCUAACAUCAGCGGCUCAGUGUUUAUAAAUAACAGAACGCGAGACAGCGGACACUUCAGGGACCCUUAUCAGGAUCAUGAAGUGUGUGCUGAGGUCUCGUCUCAUCUCCCGCUACAGAUGCUGCUCUACUUCAGCAUCUUCUUCUUCCCCUUCUGGUGGAUCUCUGAGGUGCUGAUGCUGCAUUUAAAGUUCUGUUAUCUGCCAGCAUAUUACCAGUGUCUGCUGGUGACGGGGAUGGUCCUGAUGGUGGUGCGGGCAGUUGUGGAAGUGGUCAAGGAAGCGGUCAGGGUCAGGGAAGCGGCCAGGGUCAGGGAUGUGGUCAAGGGAAUGGUCGGGGAUGUGGCCAAGGUCAGGGAUGUGGUCAAGGAUGUGGUCAAGGGAAUGGUCGGGGAUGUGGUCAAGGAAGUGGUCGGCGAUGUGGUCAGGGAUGUGGUCAUUGAAAUGGUUCCACAGUUGGCUGGAUUUUGGCUGAUCUCGUUCCUCUUCCUGAUCUCGUUCCUCUUCUUCAUCACUGACGAAGCCACCAUCAUCCUUCCUCUGGAGCGGGCCGUUCACUCUCUCUAUCUGGGCUUCCUGCUGGGCGAGCUGCUGGCCUCGUUUCUGGCCCUGCAUGUCAUGACUCGCAAACUCGCCCAGCAGUUUCACAUGAGGCAGUUUGGCCUCGUUCAGGGUCUCCAUACAGCAGAAGCGCUGCCUCUGUUUGGACUGCCAUAUGGGGGCAGGAGUGUGCUGCCUGUGAGGGACAUUCAGCCGCACUGA